GCGGAGGACGCGCCGGCGCCCCUGAGCCGGCCGAGCGGCGCGGACCGCGGGUUGCUGGCUCUUGCCUGCAGUCUGGAGGAGGAGAUAAUGCUCGUGGUGUUCCCUGGCCCUGCAGUCCAGCGCCGAGUGCUAGCGGAUUGUGAGCGUGGGGCAGCGCAUGCAUGUCGAGUCACGGCUGCGUGGGCUUCCUGGAGUGUGAAGCUGAAGAUGCCGUUGCGGUUUGUGCGUGGCGAUUCUGUUUCCAUCUCCAUGUUCAGACUCUAAGGAGAUGAGGACACUGAGGCCCAAAGAAGUGACGCCACUUGGUUAAGGUCCCAAAGCAGGUCAGAACCAGAUUGGGAUCAGAAUCCUGGCUCCUGGCGCUCUGUUCUCGGGAGGAUCACCGUCCUGACAGGAGAGGUAAGGAAGUCCACUACAUUUUUUGAGGAAGCAUAAGAUUGACACAGCCUCGCUUCUUUCUGUAUUGAAGUCUCUUCCUCCCUGAUCAAGCUUUGAUACAUCUUACAGUGUAUGACACACAGAUAGGGCUGGACCAAGCUGAAACCACAAGUCAGGAACUCAGUCCAGGUCUCCCACAAGGAUGGCGGACAUUGAACAACUUGAAGCAUCACCCGCUGCCUCUCAGGGUGCACAUUAGCAAGAAGCUGGAACUGGGAGUAAAGUCAGAACUCGAACACAGCCAUUCUUCAGAGGCUGCAGAUGUCACAAGUGGUCGUCACUGUGCCAAACGCCUGCCCAACUUGUCUUUACUAAAAUGGAGUCAAGUAAAAAGAUGGACUCCCCUGGCACAAUGCAGGCAAACCCACCGCUGAAGCUGCACCCUGACCGCGGCGCUGGGACAGCUGUUUUCGUCCCUGAGCAGGGAGGUUACAAGGAGAAGUUUGUGAAGACUGUGGAGGACAAGUACAAGUGUGAGAAGUGCCGCCUGGUGCUGUGCAACCCGAAGCAGACUGAGUGUGGGCACCGGUUCUGUGAGAGCUGCAUGGCUGCCCUGUUGAGCUCUUCCAGUCCAAAAUGUACCGCGUGUCAAGAAAGCAUUGUGAAAGACAAGGUGUUCAAGGACAACUGCUGCAAGAGAGAGAUUCUGGCCCUUCAAAUCUGUUGUCGGAAUGAGAGCAGAGGCUGUGCAGAGCAGUUGGCACUGGGGCAUCUGCUGGUACAUUUAAAAAAUGACUGCCAGUUCGAGGAACUCACCUGUGUGCGCACUGACUGCAAAGAGAAGGUGUUGAGGAAAGAUCUGCGCGAUCACGUGGAGAAGGCCUGCAAGUACCGCGAGGCCACGUGCGGCCACUGCAAGAGCCAGGUCCCCAUGAUCACCCUGCAGAAACACGAGGACACCGAGUGUCCCUGCGUGGUGGUGUCGUGCCCUCACAAGUGCAGCGUCCAGACCCUGCUGAGGAGCGAGUUGAGUGCACACUUGUCAGAGUGUGUCAAUGCCCCCAGCACCUGUAGUUUUAAGCGCUAUGGCUGCGUUUUUCAGGGGACGAACCAGCAGAUCAAGGCCCACGAGGCCAGCUCGGCGGUACAGCACGUCAACCUGCUCAAGGAGUGGAGCAACUCCCUGGAAAAGAAGGUUUCCUUGCUGCAAAAUGAAAGUGUAGAAAAAAACAAGAGUAUACAAAGUCUGCACAAUCAGAUAUGUAGCUUUGAAAUUGAAAUCGAGAGACAAAAGGAGAUGCUUCGAAAUAAUGAAUCCAAAAUACUUCAUUUACAGCGAGUAAUAGACAGCCAAGCAGAGAAACUAAAGGAGCUGGAUAAGGAGAUCCGCCCCUUCCGGCAGAACUGGGAGGAGGCCGACAGCAUGAAGAGCAGCGUGGAGUCACUCCAGAACCGUGUGACCGAGCUGGAAAGUGUGGACAAAAGUGCCGGGCAGGCGGCUCGCAACACAGGCUUGCUGGAAUCCCAGCUGAGCCGGCACGACCAGAUGCUGAGCGUUCACGACAUCCGCCUGGCGGACAUGGACCUGCGCUUCCAGGUCCUGGAGACCGCCAGUUACAACGGCGUGCUGAUCUGGAAGAUCCGAGAUUAUAAGCGGCGGAAGCAGGAGGCGGUGAUGGGGAAGACCCUGUCCCUUUACAGCCAGCCUUUCUACACGGGCUAUUUUGGCUAUAAGAUGUGCGCCAGGGUCUACCUGAAUGGGGACGGCAUGGGGAAGGGGACACACUUGUCACUGUUUUUUGUCAUCAUGCGUGGAGAGUAUGAUGCUUUGCUUCCUUGGCCGUUUAAGCAGAAAGUGACGCUCAUGUUAAUGGAUCAGGGGUCCUCUCGGCGCCACCUGGGAGACGCGUUCAAGCCUGACCCCAACAGCAGCAGCUUCCGGAAGCCCACUGGAGAGAUGAACAUCGCCUCUGGCUGCCCCGUCUUUGUGGCCCAAACUGUCCUGGAAAACGGGACGUAUAUUAAAGAUGAUACAAUUUUUAUUAAAGUCAUAGUGGAUACUUCGGAUCUGCCCGACCCCUGACAAGUACCUGGGGAGGUGGAUUUAGCAGAAGGUAACUCCUCUGGGGGGGGUUGAACCAGUCUGUCUUCACUGAGGUCCUCGUGCUCAGAAAAGGACCUUGUCGAAGGAGCGGAGGAGGAAGCGGCGGAAGACAGACGCGCGGCCGGCGGGAGGAGCCACCGUGAACACCCUGACGCGUUUUCUAUAGACUAGCAACACUUCACUCUGAGGAAUUAUUUAUCCCUCGCCGAGAUAAAUACUGCUGUCAGAGAAGGUUUUCAUUUUCAUUUUUAAAGAUCUAGUUAACUAAGGUGGAAAACAUAUAUGCUAAACAAAAACAAAAAAAGUGAUUUUUUUUUCUUCCUUAAACUUGCACACCAAAAAAACAAAACACACACGUGGGGACAGCUGGCCACCUCAGCAUGUUAAGUGACAGGAGAGUUUAUGAAAUAAUAAUGCAAUUCUGAUAUAUUCGUUCUGAAAUCCAAGAGUGCAAUCUUGUUUCAAAUAUAGUAUAUUGUCUAUUUUUAAGGCCUCAUCUGGUCUCUGUUUUAAUAAUUUGUUUGUCAGAAGACCCUGAAAUACACCCAGGUCUUUUUUGGAAAGUCUCUAAAUUCAGAAUCAUUUUUUAAUUUAAAGUUCUACAGAUAAUUAUUACUGCAAACAUUUUAUUUUAAAACGUUGAUAGACUGAUAUUUCUUGGAAGAAAAUGUAAAAUAUCAAACACUGGUUAUCACUUGUGAUAGGAAAGAGGAUAUCCAAUCUGCUGUUAUUUCUCGUUAGAAAUGUAAGCCUUCAAUGCCGUCGUAGUCCAUGACACUACUUCAAAGUGACUGUGGAAGGGACCUUGCUCAUGGAUGCUGUGCAUCGUUCUCAGAUUUAUAGUUGUUUUCACCCUAAAAUAGGGCAUCAGUUGAACUUUGAAGUUCUAAACAGAUCCUGUAGGUUUUUACAAUUCUGCCCCGUGUCCAGACAAGCUCUCUGUUGCUGACGGCUCGGCCUCGGCCCCAGUGUCCGUGUCCGGGGGUGGGCAGGCGGCGCGUGCCGGGGAGGCCACAGCAGGAGUGCUGCUUCAUGCUGUCAUUGCUGCAUUCUGUUAGUGAUCGCCCAGCGCGGGGAUGGCGUGCGGCGCCUGUGCCUUAGAUGCGCCAUGCUGCUUCUCGACCCUGGGUUGGUGUUCGGCGUCACCCUGGAAGCCGUGGUUUGCCAGACUUUCUCCACCGCUAGGUGUUCUAGCAAGGGCCCUCAGACAGCUCUGCCUGCCGAGGGGAAGCCGGGCUCCACUGUCGGCCUCCGGAGCCUCCACUGCUUAGUUGUCACAGAUUUCAAAUCUCUCGGCCCCCGCCCGGCCUGCCCCACCCUGAGGGCGGCAGGUGGGGGGCAUCAGCCACACCUCCCCGUGUCCCCAGCUGGGGCCCUGGAAACCCACACAAGCUCAACGCAGAACCCCGUGAGCAUUCCAGAGACCGAUGCUCUGGGGCGCCUGCCAGGCUGACCCACGGGCGGCCCUGAGCCACCGCGCUGGCGGAAGGGAUGGCUGGGGCCCGCUCUCCCAGCCUGCGCCUGCCCGGACGGCACUCUCCACCACUGUUUACUGUUUCUCAAUGGUCCAACUGUGAUUGAAGCCUGGAGCCCUGCCCUGUGCCCCUUUUGCUAUGCACCACGCUUCAUGGUGCUCUUACCACUGAUGGGUGCUACACGCAACGGGUGCUUCUUAGACAGAACCAAUGUGUGCGAACCACAUCUGUGCCACUCGCCCAAAAGACGCGCCCACGAUUGGCCAGCUGGGCCGCGCACUUCAGACUGCCUGCCUCUGGGCUCUCCCCUUGGUGGCACGGGGACAGCUGGGUUGGUGCCCGGUGGCCCACCUUGUCUCUGGUGCUGCCAUCUGUCCUGGGUGUGCCUUCGCCCCAGUGCCUGCUGGAAGUGCCCUCCCCCACGCACACCUGUCCCUGUGACCUCCUUGGUUCAAAGCACCUGUCCUGCCCUGUCGUGGCUCCAGCGCGCAGCCGUCCUCUGCUUCCUCCACCCUCCUGGGAUGGCUUUCCGGCCAGAGCCUCGUGUCCUUGCACAGAGGGGCCGCCCAUGCUUCGUGGGUGCCCCGGCUUUUCCAGGCCUGUCCGCUGGGUUCUGCCCUGGAGAUUGGAGGAAGGGUCGCUGCUUGGCUGGCCUCCGGUUUCUCAGGCCAGGGAAUCACAACAGAGACCUCCCUGCGACUCCUUGCCCUUCGCAAGAAGUCUGUACGGUUCCAGCAAGUGUAGGAUGAGCAACAUCUGGGUCUGGUGAAAAACCAACCAUUUCCCCUUCUCGGGUUGAAGUCCUGGCCGGGGAUUGGAAAGCCACCCUUGCUUUUUCAGCAGCUCCUGGGGGUGUGAUGGGCCCUCCCCGCCCCCACCAGAGCCCCUGGGAUGUGACUGGAGCAACUGGUCCUGCCCCCUGGGAGGAGGGCACGACCUGGGUCUUGUGAUUAGGUGACAGCAGAAUUGGGGGGUGCCCGUGCCUUUCUGCCUGUGUUCUGUGUGCGACACUUGAGGCCCAGGACCCGCUGGCGUGGUCUCGUGGACGCUGGAAGUGCCCUCCUGCUCCCUGUGCUUCAGGCGGCCCCGUCCCAGGACUCCUUGGUACCCUUGUUUGGUGCUCGCCGCGGGGGCCAGCCUUGGGCUGGGUCUCCUUGCGGCUGAGGCCCAGCUGCCCUACCUGGCAGCAGGGGGCCUCCCUACUUCACAGGGUCCUGGCAACAAGAAGUGAAGGGUGAUGGCACGCUCUGUGUCUGGGUGUGUGCGUCUUCCUACAGGUGACAAACCCCCAGAGGUCACGGCCCACCUGAGUCCCUCGGCGUGAGUUCCGCCCUGUGUCCCUGGCCCUGUGCAGGUUCUCUCCAGUGCUGUGACUCUAUCGCUGCCGCCACCAGGGCCACAGGGGCAGCAGGUGGUCCUGGAUUGGACCCAGCUGCCGCUUGUGUGUGUGCAAGCCCCCCGUGGAGCUCAAAGCCCACCGCACCGGCUCUGGGGCUCGUGCUAGGGGAGCCUGAGGAACCAGAAGCCGUGGUGUGUCCGCAGCAAAGCUGAGUGGGCCCUUGCUCUGUGGACGCAGACAGACCCAGCCGCGCGUGGGCUGGCGUUGCCAUGUGGGCAUUUCUUGGGAGCUGGGCUUCUCGGCUGCCCGUGUUUUUAGUGGCCCAGAGGGGGGCAGGAAAGGAGUGUGUGCAGUUGUUUGUCCCCCGGACACCAAGUCUUGCAGGAGCCUUGGAGGCCUUGAAUGCCAGCUGUGUGCUGCUGUGCAGGUAGGGGCUCUGGGUGAGGCCCUGAGCCGUAAUCCACACCCCCUCCCCCCAGCAGCCUCCUGCCUGUCCCACCUUCGUUCCUCCCCGGGCAGUGGACACCUUGCCCACAGGGACGCCCACUGAAUUGGCUCUUUGACAAGAUGUCCCCUUGUCCACAUGUGGCCCUCCCUGGUGAGGAUGUGGGUGUCCAGUACAACCCCAUGGGGACAGCCACCUCCUGACCGCCAGUCUGCCUCUGGGCUGCCAAGGUCCGAGGCCUCGUGUCCUGGCUGAUGCCUGCUAUUUAUGGUGCCCCCUACACUUGACAGUGCCUGGACAAGGUUGUCUGGACAGAUCUUUAAACAUAGGUGGGUCACUCUGUCAGCCCAAGGGGACACCAAGGGGUGAGCUGACUCCAGCGACCAGGCCCACCUCCGCUUUCUCCCUCUGCACCUAAGGGGUGGUGCAGGGCCCCGCAGGGUGGCGGCGCUGCGCCUCCCUGAGCGGUCACAGGGUCGGUCAGAAGCGCAUUCUCUCUGGGGGCCUCCUGGCGCCUUCCUCCGCUUGGGGUCAUCGGCACAUUGAAAGGGCUCGGUGGAGCUGUAAAAUAGUGGUUUCUUACUUUUAGUCCAGAGCUUUACUUACUAGACUGCGGAAGGAGAGCUGGGGAGAAUUCUGGGAGCUCCUUCAUGUUGGAUUGUGUGCGAGACGAGAGAGGGUCUGUCACUCAAAUCACUUCUCAGCCCAAGACCAUGGUUCUGUCUUCCGUUUGCAAAUCUCUGUCACUCUGUCCCCAAAGUAGAAGAGGUGCCCACGGCGGGGUGGGUGGAGGGCAGUGUCUCCAGCACGCAGACGGUUCCCAUCUUGUCCUGGCUGCCCUGCGGGUACCGUUGUCACCUGCACAGGGGUCGUGGGCAGUGGCACGUGGCAGGGCGGCCGCGGUGCGGGCCAGGAGGCCGGGGAGCAGGGCUUGCAUCUCAUUUCUCCUGCUGCGCUGUAUCUAGAGUCUGUCCGUCCGUCCGUCUGUCCUGUGAAUUCUCGCCGUGAAAAACGAGGCUAAGAGUCCCGGAUCGCUGCACCACUCCUGUAGUUAGUGGUGAUUGGUUUCUAUAACUCCGUCCCCUUAGACAAGUAAGAUAACCUUCAACAGCAACUCAAUGACUAAAUUGGACAUCGUCAAAGCCGGCACCGUCCCAAGGAUUUCUGUAGGAAGUAGCUCUAGAAGAACGUCUGUGACACAGAAGGCGUGCGAGCCACGUAGACACCGUGUGACCCUGUAGGAUUGCAUUUUCUGAUGGCACACCUCUUGCGUUCAGUUCUGUUACCCACAAACAAAGACCAAAGAAGGCCAAUCUCCCAUUUGACUCUGUAUUUUUAAUCUGCCUGUUUAAAAAAAAAAAAACAAAAAACAAAAAAAACAAAGCCGUCCGUAGUAGCUGCUCGCUGUGAGGACCCAUCUGGACAGUCCAAGUGAUCGUGACCAGUGAUUCACGUCCUGUGUUUUUCUGCUCUUCUAAGAAAAAAACAAAAAGACAGUCUAAGUUAUUGCUCAGCAAUAAUCAUGUUGUUAAUAUGCGUUAGCAACAUGUCUGAUCUCUGAUAGCAUUAUCAUGCUUUAUAUUUCUGUUUACUGUAUAUUGUGUGUGGUUUAUUUGGUAUUUAUUUGUGUUUUUGAGGUCUUGCAAUGUUUUUGUGUUUCCUAUGCUAAUAACUAAAGUUUGUAAGACUGUAGAAUGCAAAACUUUGAAAUGCUGAACUGUCUUAUUAGAGGAAAAUAAAUCUGA